AUGACAGACCGGAAAUACAAUCUUACCGUCCUGAUCUCAGGUAAUGGUUCGAAUCUCCAAGCCUUGAUAGACGCAUGUGCAUCCGGCGCAUUGCCCAAUACGCGCAUAACCCAUGUAAUAUCAAAUCGUAAAGCAGCCUACGGUCUCGAACGUGCCGCCAAAGCCUCAAUACCAACAACCUACCACAACCUCGUACCCUACAAAAACCAGCACCCAUCCAACAUUGAACUCGCACGCUCCGAAUACGACGCCGACCUCGCGAAGAUAAUUCUCUCCUCAGAGCCUCACCCCGAUCUUAUAGUCUGUGCAGGCUGGAUGCACAUCGUAACGCCGUCUUUUCUGAACCCAAUCGCUGCCGCGGGCAUCAAGAUCAUUAAUCUCCAUCCUGCGCUGCCCGGCGAGUUUGCGGGCGCAGGUGCAAUUGAGCGGGCGUGGAAGGCGGGGAGGGAAGAGGGGUUGAAACGCACGGGCGUUAUGAUUCAUGAGGUUAUUGCGGAGGUGGAUGCUGGGGAGGCAAUUGUAACAGAGGAGGUUGAGUUGAGAGAGGGGGAGGGGCUGGAGGGGCUGGAAGAGAGGAUACAUGGGGUUGAGCAUGGUUUGAUCGUUGAGGGCGAUGAUUAUCCAGACUCCGGAACAGUAGAACGGCGAAGGGACAAGUCCUCUGAUCUGAACAUUCGGCGAUCACCUCGUCAAUACAAAAAAUCCUCCCUUUCACCGUAUCUAGCAAAUCCAAGACGAAAAUGCUGCAAGCUCAAAUCCAAUCUGGCUUUCCCCGACGCGACUAGCUUUUGUUGUGUGGGCUCAUGUCAAAUGCUUGCUCACGAGCUCAUACCUGAUGAGUGUCCGACCUCUGUGUAUUGUCAUGCCGCUGUGAAACUGGUAAAGAGAAUAGCACGAUACUCGAUCUUAUCAAUCUUCAUAACCAGAUACAAUUCUCAAGCCGAGCCCAACCAAGAACCCUGUAAUCAUCUGUAUACUUCAAAAGGUUUAGAAUCUCCUACUCCUCUCGAGUCGGACAAAGGCGAGAGAAGGGCCGUCGCAGAAGGCUACAGAGAGCAGCCGUUAAACAACGCUUCUCAAAGUUCGUCUGCGGCACCGAAUACAACUACAGGGUCAACUCAGGUCGCUCCAAUGCAUGCUGGAUACGAUUAUGAACACACGGACUCAAGCACGUUUACCCACCCUAGAAUCAAACGAGUGCAGAUGUACGACAGUAAGGGUAAAGAGAGGGCUGGGACACCAUCCUCUUUGACACCCGAAUACGAACAUAAAUCGCCAACGAAUCCCCUGGGCUCCAAUGAUGAUUUAUACAGUAAUUACUAG